UCCCAUUUUGUGAGAGAGGGGGAAGGAAGGAGGUUUCUUGCGCAAGGAACAAAGAACCCCUUCUCCCCAAUGAUUAUGGCAGAACCGCCACAAUCACCCUCAAAAUACAGCCAAGUCCCUAUUCCUAAAUCCCUGCCACCGAUUACCAAGCCCCCAAAAGCAGCAAUCUCAGCUCCAAAGCCUUCCUGGUUCUCCCCCGAAAGGUUGCUGUUAAUCCUGUGUCUAGUUAACUUGAUCAAUUAUAUUGAUCGAGGAGCAAUAGCAAGCAAUGGGGUCAAUGGGAGCAUUGGGAUUUGUGAUGAGAGCGGAAUUUGCCAUGCCGGUACCGGAAUUCAGGGAGAUUUUAAAUUGAACAACUUUCAAGAUGGUGUUCUAUCAUCUGCAUUUAUGGUUGGGCUUCUUCUGGCCUCACCCAUAUUUGCAUCAUUGGCAAAGAGCCACAAUCCUUUUAGGCUGAUUGGAGUUGGGUUAUCUAUUUGGACAUUUGCCACAGCUGGGUGUGGUAGUUCAUUUAAUUUCUGGUCUAUUGCAAUAUGUCGCAUGCUGGUUGGAGUUGGUGAGGCAUCUUUCAUAAGUCUUGCAGCUCCAUUCAUUGAUGACCAUGCCCCUGCAGAUCAGAAAACAGCAUGGCUGGCAACGUUUUACAUGUGUAUACCAACUGGAGUUGCUAUAGGCUAUGUCUAUGGCGGAUGUGUUGGAGACAUCAUCAGUUGGCGUUGUGCAUUCUGGGGAGAGGCCCUUUUAAUGCUUCCAUUUGCUGUCUUGAAUUUUUUGGUGAAACCAUUGCAGAUGAAAGGUUUACCUCCUACUGGCUCCACAAUGCUUUUGGAAUCUAUUGAAACUAGUCCUUUGAUAGAAGGUUUAAAGAUCCCAAACAUAAAUGGUCGCGUGACAGUUGCCUCCGGUGAGGCCUCGUGGACAUGCCCUAUAAUCAAAUUUUUGAACGAACUUUCAAGCUUCUCAAAGGAUUUGAAAGUACUUUUGGUGGAUAAAGUUUACAUUGUUAAUGUAUUAGGUUAUGUGUCAUACAACUUUGUCAUCGGAACCUACUCAUACUGGGGGCCAAAGGCUGGUUAUAACAUAUACCAUAUGAGUAAACCAGAUUUGAUGUUCGGAGGUAUUACUCUUCUCUGUGGACUUGUAGGAACUUUAAGUGGAGGUCUCAUCCUUGAUGCAGUUGGUGCCACAAUUCAAAAUGCUUUUAAGCUUCUCGCUGGAGCGACAAUGCUGGGUGCAAUAUUUUGCUUCAGUGCGUUUUGUGCAAAGAACUUGUACAAUUUUGUAGUUCUUUUCUCACUGGGGGAGCUACUUCUGUUUUCAACACAGGCUCCUGUAAAUUAUGUGUCUCUGCACUGUGUUAAGCCAGGGCUAAGGCCACUGUCUAUGGCUAUCUCAACUCUUUCAAUCCACGUCUUUGGUGAUGUUCCUUCCUCACCACUUGUCGGAGUUGUUCAGGAUUAUGUAGAAAACUGGAGGAAAACGACUCUAAUCUUCACCUCUGUUUACUUUGUUGCAACAGGAAUAUGGUUCAUAGGGAUCUUCCUUAGAAGUGUUGACAAGUUUGAAGAAGAUGAUGAAGAUGAUGGAGUGUCUCCAAUAGGGCAAACCAACAAAGAACCAUUGCUUGAAGAUCACACAAUUAAGGGUGGACUAGACUCUGGUGAACUAUGA